UUAUAAACAAACACGAAAUACACAGACACUCUUAUUUUUGGAUCAAAAUGCAUUCUUGUAAUAAUAGGGAGAAAAUCAUAUCUACAAGGUUGUGUCUAUUGCAAAACAAAAUAUGGAACCAUUGUUUACAAGAAUUUAUUCUUACCAGAUGACGUAAUCCUUGGUCUGGGAGGCAACCAUGUUCAUUUUAUGCCCGCAGUUCUUGCAUUUCAUUUUGCGUUUCAGCAAGCCAAUCAUUUGCAACCAUUUUAUUAAUUUUAAACAUGAUUUUUUUGUUUCUCUAGCAUAAACUUUUGUCAAAAGUUUUCUUUCCAGUGAAUUCAUAAAGCCGCCAGAUCGAGCUAGUAGGCUAACUGUUUGUCAAUUUAACGACCAAGACAACCCAAAAAUUAAAAACUGGCGCACUUUCAUUUCAUUGGCUAAAUAUGUUAUCAGAUACACCUACCACGGUUGAGUGUUGGCAGAGUUGUCACGUGAUCGAUCACUUCAACAAUCGGAUUGGCUCGCACUCCCUGAAAAUUUGGUUGUUCAGAUGCAUCGACAUAACAUGUUUGAUCCAGAGCAUUCAGUGCAGCGCCCCCCAUCUGGCAAUGGGAGCAGUGCGCUGGGUACCAUGCAUUUUACCCGGGCAAAGGCACGGAGGGGAAAUACCGAGGGCGAAGGAGAAGAUUCCACAAACAAAAGUGCUGCUAAGAUGGACAGUCUCAAGCCUGUUAAACAACAUAUUCUCUGGAAGAAGAAGGCUGAGAUGCUCCAGUCUCGGGUGGAUGAGCUGGAGGAGGAAAAUGGCUUACUCAAGAAGCAACUUGAAGAGAAGUCUGCACAAGAACAAGAUGGGAACAUGGAGAUAAUGGCUACUGGAGAUGAGGAGCCACAGGCCAUGAUGCUGGACUCCAGCACUGAUACUAGCACUGAUUCAAGCUCUGACGACUCCAGCUCCAGCUCUACCUCUGACUCUUCGGUUGAGGAAAAGAAGAAAAAGAAGUAUAAAAAGAAGAAUGGCAAGAAGAGAAGUAAAAAAAGAAAGAAGGAGAACAAAAAGAUGAAGAAGUCAGGCGGAAAAGGAGAGCGAGUUGCCUCAAUUUCAGAUGUGGUGAAAAGAUAUCUACGUGUCCUCAAACUUGUGCAAAAAGGCUUCAGGAUGACCGCAGCCUUCAAGAAAGCUCACGUUUCAAGAAAUGCUGUGAAAGACACGGCAGCAAUUGCAGAAAUUUACAUAGCAGACAAAAGUGUCCUAAACCAGUUCAAGGGUAAAUACACACUUUUAAAACUAGCACAACUUUGUCAAAAAAAAAUAGCUGGUGAACUGGCAGAAAAGAUCAUUGAAAUGAAAAAUAACAAACAGCUCAUCCCUUUUUCUGCAAAGAAAGACUGAAUGUAGGAAACAGGAUGCUAGCUAAGUUUGAGUAGAUUGUAAGUGGAUACGUUUUGUUUUUCAUAAUUUAAAGUUCAAGUUGCUUUGCCCCUACAAUGACAUGGUGGAGACUUGUUGUUGUGCUGCCAGUGCAGCAUGUUUAUUUUAUUUUGUUGUUUUGUUUUUUGUUUUUGUAAUGUUAAUUCAAGUAAAGUUUGAUACAACAUAAUAGACUGUUCAGAUCUGAUGCCCUAGUGAACAAUGGGUUUGUAUAAAUAUAUUGUUAAUAAAACAACUUUCUCUAAUAUCCUGUCUGUAGUGUUUGUUCUAUUGUAGUUCAUAGUCUGGUAUAUUAACUUCUCAUUUUAAAUGGUAAAUAUCUUGCAUAUAAUUAAUGGAUGGCUGUAUGUUUUCUGUUAAUAGCUUA